CUACCGGGCAGUGACAAUCCGAGGAGGAGCUCUGCCACAUGCACUGUCUGCGAAACGGGAAGCGGCAGUUAGAUGCACUUGGAUUACCGGAUCACGGACGAUGGAAGACAGUUUCAGAACAAGCUUUUCGUCUACAUAGGCUGCAACAUCGAGCUCUUCUGAAAUACAUCACUAUUGGACCCCGAUUACGGAAUUUCAAUCUUUCAACCCAACUUUACCAAGACUUGACUGGGACCAGACAGUAUGGGGUUAAGAAGCUCCUACUGGCUUCUGAUAUCUUUCAUGGUGAGCGGAACUGUUGCCGGGGAGACCAGCUCUGAGCCUGCUAGCCCAGACACAUCUCUCAGGCCUGUCCUUACCAUAAUGGAGGACGAGAGGCUGACCAUGACCGAGGGUCAAUACAAAUGUCUUGAACUGUUCAGCCGAGACCAGCAGCACAAUAGAACAGGUGUGUUCUGUAGCCAUAUGUGGGAUGGCUUGCUAUGUUGGGAUGAGACUCCGGUGGGGACCUACGCCACACAGAACUGCCCAGACUACCCCGGCCUGGACACCUCUGGAAAAGUGUCCAAAUAUUGUGAUGAAUCUGGUAAUUGGGUCCAAAGUCCCUCCAUUAAUAGGACCUGGUCCAAAUGUCUGACAUUCUCCAAGGACAAAUUAAAGAAGGUGACUCUCCAUGGUCUGUUAGAGCCAGGGUCUGUGGAGCCCACUCUGGAGACCCCAGUCAGCCUGAAGAUGACUCCCCAUGGUCUGCUAGAGCCUGGGUCUGUGGAGCCCACUGUGGAGACUCCAGUCAGCCUGAAGGUGACUCCCCAUGGUCUGCUAGAGCCUGGGUCUGUGGAGCCCACUGUGGAGACUCCAGUCAGCCUGAAGGUGACUCCCCAUGGUCUGCUAGAGCCUGGGUCUGUGGAGCCCACUGUGGAGACUCCAGUCAGCCUGAAGGUGACUCCCCAUGGUCUGCUAGAGCCUGGGUAUGUGGAGCCCACUGUGGAGACUCCAGUCAGCCUGAAGGUGACUCCCCAUGGUCUGCUAGAGCCUGGGUCUGUGGAGCCCACUGUGGAGACUCCAGUCAGCCUGAAGGUGACUCCCCAUGGUCUGCUAGAGCCUGGGUCUGUGGAGCCCACUGUGGAGACUCCAGUCAGCCCCAGGGUCAGUCAGGAGGAGGAGGAGAGGAAGAAGAUCAUCGACGGUCAAUACAAAUGCUUUGAGAAGAUGAACAGAGACCAGCCUUAUAACAAAUCAGGGCUGUACUGUAACCGGACCUGGGAUGGCUGGCUGUGCUGGGAUGAUACACCUGCUGGGACAGUCACCUGGCAGAACUGCCCAAACUAUUUCCGUGACUUCGACUCCACAGAAAAAGCUACAAAGACCUGUGGCGAAUCAGGACAGUGGUUCCGCCACCCAGAUUCCAAUAGGACGUGGUCCAACUACACGCUAUGUAACUUCCACACUACAGGCAAGCUGAAGAUGGCCUAUAUCCUGUACUACAUGGCGAUUGUGGGUCAUGCCUUAUCCAUAGCCUCCCUCCUGAUCUCUCUGGCUAUAUUCUUCUACUUCAGGAACCUGAGUUGCCAAAGGAUCACGCUUCAUAAGAACCUCUUCGUUUCGUAUGUCCUCAACUCCGCCCUUACCCUCAUCUACCUCAUAGCAGUGGUCAACAACACAGAUGUAGUGGAGAGAAAUCCAGUUGGCUGUAAGGUGUUGCACUUCUUCCACAUGUACAUGCUGGGCUGUAACUACUUCUGGAUGCUGUGUGAGGGGAUCUACUUGCACACGCUCAUUGUGGUGGCUGUGUUCGCCGAGGAACAGCACCUCCACUGGUACUACCUCCUCGGCUGGGGGUUUCCCUUAGUGCCUGCAUCCAUCCACGCCGUGGCGAGGAAGAAGUAUUUUGAUGACAACUGCUGGAUGAGUGUGGAGACCCAUCUGCUCUACGUGGUCCACGGGCCCAUCAUGGCAGCACUGCUCGUGAAUCUGUUCUUCUUGCUGAACAUCGUGAGGGUGCUGGUUACCAAGCUGAGGGACACCCACCGGGCAGAGUCUAACAUGUACAUGAAGGCAGUGAGAGCUACCCUGAUCCUGGUCCCUCUCCUGGGCAUCCAGUUUGUCAUCUUCCCCUGGAGGCCAGAGAACCGUCUGGCGGGGGAGGUUUACGACUACAUCAUGCAUAUAUUAAUGCAUUACCAGGGAUUACUAGUGGCAACGAUAUUCUGCUUUUUCAAUGGCGAGGUGCAGGCGGCUCUGAAGAGACAGUGGAUUCAGUACAAGGCCCAGUGGGGUCAGAGACGGAGGGACCACUGCUCCAUGCGCUCUACCUCCUACACUGCCACCUCCAUCACCGAGGUGCCCGCCUUCAUGUACCACCACGACUGUAACAGCGAACACUUAAACGGCAGACACACCUCUGAAGACUCUGGUGAGCUGGUGGCUCUUAAGACAGGGGAGAUGUACGCCUGACAAGCGGGAGGCAGUCUGAGUGUGGGAGGAGAGAAGAGUUGGUAGUGGAAUCAAGAUGGAGACGUUUCUCUACUAUCUAGCAUGAAACAAAGUCUCCCAACGGUCCCCGCCUCUGUUCCACAUCUCAGAGACAGAACGAGUGGGUAAGCCCCAGACUGUGAAGGAGAAGACAGUGUGUGUCUGGACAGUGAUACAGUAUCUCUCCCAUGACUUGGCCAAUGAUGGCUGAUGCUUCUUUACAUGACAUUGCUGCUGCUGUGGCUGAUUUUUAAAAACACUAUAAGAUAUACAUGAAACGGGAGCUGAGUUUGAAAUGUGGCGCGUCCUAAAGCUGCUAUUUGUGGUGCUCUUCCUACACAUCAUGGGGAUGUUGAGGAUGAUGAUGGUGAUGAUGAAUUGUUGCUUCGUCUAUACCAAAGGGUGUGUGGGUUUGGCUGCCAUAGGCAUGCUCUGUGUGAACUGAAUCCAACACUGAAGCGACCGACAGACAGCACAUACUGAUGGACAGGGUCCAUGACACGUGAGAUCAAAGGUUGAAAAAGGCUCCCUGUGACUAAACUCUGGAAUCCUGUACAUAUUUGUUUCACCAGUUUCACUUUAAAAGUGUCAAAGGGUGUUUUAGAAGAUUCUAUUUUUUGGACUAAAUGUUUUUGUUCUUGCCAACGACUUGUUCUUUAAAUACCUGCUAUCUGUCCCGUGAAGCUAGCAAGCUCCUCCAGCCUGCUUUGCUGUUAGUACAGCUGCUGAUUGUUCUUGUGGUGUUUCUGUCACGAGGACUGGAUUUAAAGAGUGCAGAAGAUACAGAACGCCUUGAUAUGGGCUCAAAAGAGAGAGAGUAAAAAGGAUUGAUAAACUUCAAAUAAAAAGACAUGAAAAGACAUGAAAAGAAAGACACAGAAUGACGUAGUAACGUAUUUAGAAGGUAUUUUGAGUACCACCUGGCUCUUGAGGGGAGACUAUUUCAGUUAAAUAGUCUGUCUAUUGUUUGCCGUGUCCAUUUGCCAAAAGGUCUAAUGUGAAGCUUGUAUGAUUCCAGAAGAAUCAUUAUGUUAUGUUUAGUGCCAUUCCAAUAUGUUCAAAUUAUUUAUGAAAUCGUUUAUGAAUAGAAAUAACAGGGAAUGGCACUAAGAGGAUAAAAGAGAAGAGGAUAAAAUACAUUAAGGCUACCUGCACAGUGUUGCUAUAUCAUUUUACAUUUUAGUCAUUUAGCAGACGCUCUUAUCCAGAGCGACUUACAGUUAGUGAGUGCAUAC